CCUGGAAAUCAUGCCUUUAGUUGAGCACAGCUUGAACUGUUUCAACUUUUGGACAUUUUUUCUUUGUUGUGAGUUAUAUUUAUAAAUAAAUAGUUAUUUCUAAAACAUCUUUGACUCUAGUUUAAGCUGUCCACGGUAUUUGUAAGCCGUGAAGUCGGUUUGCAACAGGCAGGCUAUUUUGCUAAGCAAUGAUCCCUACAGAAUGCACAAUUCUUGUGUAGAAAAUACUUGUAUACUAAUAGGCUCAUUAUAUAGUACAAAUACUAAUAUUUGUCAAAGACUUUUGUCGCUUCAGGUACAUGGGGAUAUUUUUUAGAUUUAAACAUCCAAACAUGGGUUCUGUCUUUUUAUUAAAAGUCAGAAUCUGUUUCAUGCCACCUCAGCUGACUUCAACAGCACGUUUUUUAUGCACAAAGGAUAUUAAACCAAACCUUGGGGGAAGACAAGUGGACAGAAACAGUACUGGACAGACUAGAAUAGCAAACAGAAAUAAUAGGCAGGUCACAGAGAGUGGAACAAGUAGUAACUCCAAAAAGCUGUGGCAGAACUCCUACCCCAAAUCUGUUUUUGCCGCCGGGACGGCAAAGAGGACAGCAGAACUGAUGAGGCAGAAAGCACCACCAGUCUCUGAGGAAGAGGAGCAACAGGGAGGGGAGGAUGGAUGCAGGACAGCUACAAGACCAGGAAAGCUUCAGGCUCCUGAACGGCCUCUGCCUCCUGCUGAGUGGAAGAAACUGAAGGAAUCUUUUGGAAACCCAGAACGUUUUGACAUCCGGAUGAUGAGCACUUUGAUUGCUUCUGGAUCGGAGCUGAACAUCGCAAAGUCCUUGCUGAGUUUUGUGGCGGUGGAAGUGGGCACGCUGUCCUACGAGCUGCUGCUUCGCUACCUGAAACUGUGUGAGAGCGGUGGCCACGACGAUGAGGUGUUUGACGUCUACAGAAUCAUGCGUGGAAGUUUCCCGUCCCUGGACACAGGGGCCUCAAGCCUUUUUAUAAAGUCCUUCAGCCGGACUGCAAGGUGGAAGGAAGCCAUAGAGAUCCUGCAAGAGGUCAAGAAGGUUUUCACACCGUCACCACGGAAUUAUGGUGAUGUUAUUGCGGCAUCAGUUCAUCACAGGGAUGCAACAACUGCCUGGGAUCUGUACGAUGAAUUAAUUGAAAAGGGAUUGAGUCCUCAUCAGGAGACCUGGGAUGUUCUUUUUACUGGGGUGAAGCAGAUCGAGGGGGAAAAAGAAAUGGCAGUCAUGAGUGAGUCAGAGCAGCAUGAGAAGCUGCUGGGAAUCCUGAUGUACAUGAGGAACAACCAGAUCUAUCCUCAGCAGACUGUCGUCAACAGGAUAAAGAACUGGUUUGAGAGCCUUAACGAUGAGAAAUGGACAGCAGACUGGAGCAGUGUUACUCCAAAGGGUUUGUGCAGUCGUUGUGGGUCAGAACUGGAGUCUAUCCAGCUGAGUGCCGAGGAGUAUCAGGAACUAAAGGACAGAGUCAUGGCUGAUAUCAUUCAGGGGCAAGAUGUAUUCAACAAGACCACUCCUGAGGAGUUGGAGCGCUUUAAAGUGUUUGUGAAGAGGAAGCCAGCUUUUGAUGUGGUCAUAGAUGGGCUGAACGUUGCAAACACCAACAAGGACAAAAGCAAGCAGUCAGAGACGUUGUUGACAGUGGUAUCGGAGCUUGAGCGUCAGGGCCUCAACGUCCUGGUGCUGGGGAGAAAACACAUGUUGAGGCCUUCAAGGUCCUGGGAUAGACACAACAUGAGCCUCAUCCAGCAGAAAGCCCAUUGUUUCUUUACAGAUAACAUAUCUGAGGAUGACCCAUUCCUGCUGUAUGCGACUUUGCACUCUGGAAACCAUUGCCGGUUUGUGAGCAGGGACCUGAUGAGGGACCAUAAGGCCUGCCUGCCUGGGGGGGCAACUAGGCGGCUCUUCUUCAAGUGGCAGAGAGGCCAUCAGCUGGUUGUGGUUGGCUAUGUGGCACCCGGCAGGAGGGUAAGAUUUCAGAGUAUUCCCUCCUUUGACACCAUUGUCCAGUCUACAGCAGACAGCUGGCACAUUCCCUACGAUGACACCGAGGACAGAAGCACUUAUGAAGUACCACAACAGUGGCUGUGUUUAACAAAAAACAAAUGAACAAAAAUAUUUUAUUUGAACAUUUGUGAAUAUGAAUGUGGACUUGUGAAUAAAACUUUACUCAGUUUGUGUAAAUUGUGUUAUUAAA